AAAGAGGAAAGCAGGAAGACAACUGCAACAAAGCAACGCAAACACUCACAGGGCUGAGGAGCCAGACAGAUUCACACACAGAGGCUUUGACUGUUUUACCAACGGAUUGACGUCUGAAGCACCUGCUGUCAUCCAAAGGAGAAUAGACUUAAAACUGAGGAGAGGAUCUGUGCAGCAAAGAGGAGGACUCAGGGAGGAAAGAAAGCUGUUGCCGUCUGUCUUGGAUUCGCACACAUAUAUGUUCUUUUGCCGGACGUCAGCUUCAUGGGUGAAAAAUGAGUCUCAAGCUGCUUGCUGACUGCAAGUGUGUGAUUGAUUCUGCUGUGAUGAAGGACAUUUCCCAGCACAUCCAGUGACUUCCACAGCUGCCUAUUCCCCUUGCCGAAUGCAGAAAGCCUAGGAUGGACGACCUACCAAGUGCUGCUUUGGGGCACUGGAACAACAUUCUCAACCUCCACAACCUCAACCAUCUUGCCUCCUCCUGCACACACACUAGCUGCUUCACCGCCAUCACCAUCACCAACAAGACAGGGACCACCACUACUGGGUGACGAGAUUCCAGGAUGUUUGUGAAUUUCCGCCGGAUACGAAAAUGCCAGUGUGUGCAGCUGAUGACCACCUGUCUGGUGCUGUCAGUGAUGAUGGUUUGCUGGGAGCAGCUGGACAACAAUGUCGUCAGCCAUGUCAAGUCCUACUCUUACCGCUACCUGAUCAACCGCUUCACCUACAUCAACAGGAGUCUCACCAUCUCACGUGAGCAAGCCAGAGGCUUCAGCAACUUUCACUACCUGCUUGACCACCCAGAUAAGUGUGCUGGUAAGGAUGUCCUCCUCCUUCUCUUUGUCAAAACUUCCCCAGAGAACACUGAGAGGCGGAACGCCAUCAGAUCCACCUGGGGUAAUGAGACCUACAUCCAAAACACGCUGGGAGUGACAGUCAAGGUGGUGUUCGCCCUAGGAGCACCUCAGACCAAGAAGGAGGAGCCCUCAUGGAGCAAGAAAAGUGGGGUUGGCUUUCAGGAGCAGCUUGUCCAUGAGGAUCAUCUCCAUGGUGACUUGAUCCAACAGGACUUUUUAGACUCCUUCCACAACCUGACCCUGAAGCUGAUCAUGCAGUUCCACUGGAUGCACAGGCGCUGCGCACACGCCCGCUUCCUCAUGACUGCUGACGAUGAUAUCUUCGUCCACAUGCCCAACCUGGUGAGCUACCUGCGCGACAUGAGCAGUAGAGGUGUCACAGACUUUUGGAUUGGUCGAGUGCACAGAGGGGCACCACCAAUUCGCAGCAAAGACAGUAAAUACUAUGUGUCCUUUGAGAUGUACCAGUGGUUGUCGUACCCUGACUAUACAGCUGGGGCUGGGUAUGUUGUGUCAAGGGAUGUGGCGGACAAAAUCUACCAAGCCACACUGACCCUAAAUGCUUCUCUUUACAUAGAUGAUGUGUUCAUGGGCAUCUGUGCUAACGCCAUUGGCGUGUCACCACAGGAGCAUGUUUAUUUCUCAGGUGAGGGUAAGGCACCCUACCACCUGUGUAUCUAUGAUCAGAUGAUGACCUCACAUGGUCAUGUGGAUGAUAUCUAUGACCUGUGGAAGGCAGCGACCGACCCGCAGGUCAAAGAGAAGGCCUCUGGGCUCAUAGGGAGGCUGUAUUGCAGAGUUGUGAAAAUGUCUCUCCUUUGUAAACCUUACUAUUUUAACACCUACCCUUGCAAAGCGGCCUUUUUGUAGUAUUACUUCAGGUUUGUGUGUGUGUCAGCGUGACAGAGAGAGAGAGAGAGAGGGAGUGUGUCAUAUGUUAUGAUGAAAGGAGGAUCAUUGCUGUGAAUAUUACCUCAGUCCUUUCAGUUGGACACCCAUGUCAGAUUACUUGAGCGUGUGUUCUGUGUUUUAAAGGCAAAGAGAACAGGCAACUCAUGUUUGUCACUGUUACAGCGACAUCAACAUCAACACCUCAGUGACCUCUUUUAUUGGUGGUUUAAUAAUGUGACAGCACUGGCUUGGAUUGACAGCAGAAUGUUAAAAUCUUGGUCCUAAAAAGAUGCUCAAACCACCAUCUUCACAAAGGUUUUUUAAUCAAAUUUUUUUUUAAACAAAUUUUAAUCGAUUAACUUAUUUAUUUUGCAUCUUAGCCAGCUGAGUAAGUGUGUUCUUUUUACUUCUCUUUAAGUUUGCACCCUUCUACUGCUGUGAUACACAAAGGGUUGCCUAAACCUUUUAAUAGUAUAAAAGGAUAUUUUUAAGCACAAGGUCUCCUCUCACUGGCCGUAGAUAAACACACAUGGAACUUCUAAUCUCAACAGUUCCAGUGCUAAAAUCAUGAUGAAGUAAAGACGCGUGACAAAGUGCUCCAGAUUGAGAAUUUUGCUGUUAUAAGAUCCUUUUUGUAAUUAAAUUUGUGAAGAAAAAAGUUUUUUUUUUAAUGAAAUAAAAUCUUCAAAGUGAAAGUCUUCAUUAUUAUUCUCGAUGGUAGCAGUCAUCAGUAUGUCAUUUUGUUGGUCAGGAGACGUGAAUUUAGAAAACAUGUUUUAGGAAAUGCUAGAACACAUUUCACUGGUUUGAUGAAACAACUCUUUUGACUGUUACAACUUCAAAGGCACUAGCACAUGUCAGAGUGGUAUUAUAAAAAACUGGAGGUAAGGGGGGGCAGAAGGCACUUGCUCAAGUUUCCUGGUUGCUGCACUUGGCCAAGUCAUUGUUUGCACAUACCGGUAAUUCAUUAUAAAAUUUGUUGUUUCACACUUUUACUACUUUGUACCACUGACUGGUUAGCUUAGAUUAGCACAUAAACUGGAAAGGUAACAAAAUCCACCUACCACCGGCUCUAUAGCUCAAUAAUCAAAUUGUCAUAUCUCAUUUGUUAAAUCUGUCUUGGUUUUAUUGAAAACAUCACAUGUGCAAGUGGAUUUCCAAAAUUGUCAUGCUAUUUUUUAAUCUAACAAUAAUAAUAAUUUUUCAAACAAGAUACAUGUGGUUACUAAAGAGCAAAUGUCAACCUUUUCUUUUCAGUUUUAUUUAUGCAAGUUUGUUUUGCAGGAAAUCCAAAAUAUACAGUUAAAAUAUUAGAAUGAAUAUCAUAAAGUGCUUACACCAAAUUUCAUUAUAUUGCUAAAGGUCAAACUUGUCAUGAAAAGUGUUUUUUUAAAGGUAAUAAAACAUAAAAUGACUCCAAAA